GUCCUGGCGGCAACUCACUGGCCAUUUUGUCUCAAUUUUUCGGUCUCUUUUCAUCGGUAACGGCUCGACCAUGAGUCCGCUCCCCAGAAUUUACGAGCUUUGAUUGCCAUUACUACGACGUUAGCGGUUGAUGGUCCUUCCGCACUUCGACAAUGCACGCCCAGCAACUUCAUAGACGGAUGGAAUGAUGAUCCCGGCUGUGAAGAACAUGAUCUUGAUUGGCUCGAGAAGACGUUGGUAUUGCACCCUUAGCAAUGCGCUGAAGGAUCAAACAUGCGCCUUGGUAAUCGAUGCACCGUCGGCUAAAUGACUGGUAUCAAGCUGAGGUUCCUCCGUGCGCUCAACAUUCACGAUACAGCACUCAACAUCUACCAAAGGUAUCGAAUAGGUCAUUCACCGCCAUGGCGAAGUCAACCAUACUUAUCACCGGGUGCUCAGAUGGAGGACUGGGCUCAGCUCUGGCGCUGGCAUUACACGCCCAUGGUGGAUAUCGAGUCUUCGCGACCGCGAGGAACCCGUCAAAGCUAAAAGAUGUGAAAGCCGUCGGUAUCGAGACACUUUCCCUAGAUGUGCUUUCCGACGAAUCGAUCGAGAAAUCUGUCGCUGAAGUACGCGACCUGUCAGGAGGAAGUCUGGACGUACUGGUCAACAACGCUGGAUCAGGUUACUCCGGCGCUUUGAUAGACACACCAGUGGCAGAAGCACGAAAGCUCUUCGACCUGAAUGUGUGGGCAAACUUGGCCACGGUGCAGGCGUUCUUGCCGUUACUGCUCAAGUCCAGCCGAGGAGGCAUGAUCGUGAACCACACCUCACUUGCGUCGCUUGCGACGCCGCCUUUCCUCGGGUUGUACGGCGCCUCCAAGGUGGCAAUGGCCAAGUUGACAGCCAACCUGCGUACGGAGCUGUCUCCGUUCGGCGUGAAGGUGGUCGAGCUCAAAUCCGGCAACGUCACUUCAAACAUCAGCGCGAAUUUGGGUACCAAUGCUGGUACUCCCUCACCCCAAGUCCCCAAGAAGUCGUUGUACUACGCGGCGAGGGACUGGUUGAAUGAGUUCUACACGGGCAAACCGCUUGACGGGCAGGCUAUUCCUUCAGACGUGUGGGCGAAGAAAGUGGUCGCGGCGAUCUCCAAGCGAAGCCCGCCUGAGGAGGUGUGGGCUGGUGCAUUCGCUACAACGGUGUGGUUCGCGAUCAAUUAUUUCCCGAAAAGUAUUGUCGACAAGAUGCUGCGUGAUGCUGCGAAGUUUGAUGUCGUGGAGAAGAACAUUCGAGAGUACGGAAAGGAGAAGGCUAUUGCCGAUACGUAUGGGAAGGAAUAAACGGCGAGGUUGUGAUAUCUUCACAGCGUGUCGCAUUGCAUGCGUCAUUUAGUACUUACCUACUUGUGCUAGCUUCUAUUAUCUCGGGUUGUAAUUGUUUGAAGGCUACCUGGUACGUGAAGAAUGGGUCGUGAUACGGCUGGAGAUCAUCAGGAACUUGUUUAUCGUCGAGCAUGCCACUCACUACUCUGCGAUUGCCAACCGAAUAUCUCAUGAGGCGCCCUGUUAGGCUAUCGGUCUUCACCUUCAAGGCCUGGGUCUAGGAGGCUCCCUAGGCCCCCUACUUUCUCUUUUGGAGUUGUACUCCAUUUUCUUGGAGCAAUGUUCAUUAUACC